AAAACGAAGGCAAGUUUUAUGCUUUGGAAACCGAGAAUACUAUUGUUCUUCUGGCUGCUGGUCAAGACUAUACCUUGACAGACAGCGAAGAACAAGAAUUAGGCUGCGAUUAUUUACAAGAAAAUCGCAGCAAAUUACAAGCAAUCAUUAUUAAUAAUACCAGUUUUCGGAAUAUUG